AUGACCCGUCGAGAGGCAGACAUCGCCAUGGAUGCUUCGAGACAUCAUCUCGAGUGGAUUUUGCGUCUCAUCUUCGUGGAAUUCCUCCCGGACGAUCAUCGACAGUGUGAUGAACAGAACAUGCCCGCCUUGCAGCAGACCAUGGGCCACCGUGAGAACCUUGGGGACAGGAAUGCAGCCUUCAGGAAAAUCCCCCCGAUGGACUUUAUCUCUGCCCACUUUCUCUCGUGGAGACAGAGGCGACUCGGUUUGACCGCCAACGCCUUUGCCUUUUGA